AUGGGCAGUACAAGUAGGCCUCUCCUCUCUCUCCUCUGCCUCGCCCUUCUCUUCUACUCUGCUAUCUCCGAGCUCUGCAACCCACAAGACAAAAAAGUCUUACUCAAAAUCAAACAAGCCUUCAACAACCCUUACAUCCUUACCUCUUGGAACCCAAACACCGAUUGUUGUGACUGGUAUUGUGUCACAUGUGACUCCACCUCUCACCGCAUCAACUCCCUCACCGUCUUCGCAGGCAACCUCUCUGGCCAAAUCCCACCUGAAGUUGGUGACCUUCCAUUCCUCACAAACCUCGAAUUCCACAAACUUUCCAAUGUCACUGGUCAUAUCCAACCUGCCAUUGUCAAGCUCACACACCUCAACUUCCUCAGACUCAGCUGGCUUAAUCUCACUGGCCCAAUUCCUGAUUUCGUCAGCAAACUCAAAAACCUCACUUUCAUUGACUUCGCAUUCAACCAACUCUCUGGCUCAAUCCCACCCUCACUUUCGGAGCUUCCAAAGCUCGGUGGACUUCACUUGGACCGUAACAAACUCAGCGGACCAAUCCCCUCCUCUUUCGGUAAUUUUCCUCAGGGACUAUACCUGUUCCUCUCUCACAACCAACUAACCGGUUCAAUCCCAUCCUCGUUCGCCCACAUGGACUUCGGUUAUAUUGAUUUGUCGCGAAACAAACUCGUAGGCGAUGCAUCCGUGGUUUUCGGAUCGAACAAGACCAUACAGAUCGUUGACUUGUCGAGGAACUUGUUGAAGUUUAAUCUGUCAAAGGUGGUGCUCCCCAAGAGUUUGACUUCAUUGGAUCUUAACCACAACAUGAUCUAUGGAGGUCUUCCUGUGGAGUUGACCACACUGAAUUUGCAGUACUUAAAUGUGAGUUAUAAUAGGCUUUGUGGUCAGAUUCCAGUGGGUGGUAAAUUGCAAAGUUUCGAUUAUUCGAAUUAUUUCCACAACCGGUGCUUGUGUGGCUCUCCACUUCCAAGCUGCAAGUGAUCUUAUAAUGGAUUUGCACAGAAACUGAAGUGGGUCUCUC